UUUGGCGGCUAAAAUAAGCUUCUCCCGACAAAGCUUAAAAAAAUAGAGUUUUCUCGCCAGCCGCGUUGCCCUGCUAAAUCCGCCUAUUUUUAGGUUCACCCCAGCUUAUGCUGCGUUUAACGUUUCAACUAUUCUCGUCGACAUACAAAUCCUCGUUAACGACCUGAUAUAUACACACACACCUUGCUUUUCUCCAGCAAGCUGACAAAAUGUAACUUGAAAGUUAUUCUGAAUAGCUCUACAACUACAAGGAAAUGUCUUCUACUGUUCGUCAUACCUAGGCGAUACAUGGCCUGAGACCUCGAGAGAGGUCGAGGUUAGCUCUACAGAUGUAGAGAUCAGUUACAUUGCAUUCAUCUACUGUUUUUCUUGCUCACGACAUGAAACACCAUUUCUACUUUACCUUUUUGAGCCUAAUAUCUGUCAAAACUGUGUUCAACCCGUUUUUAGUUCUCCAGAUGCAUGAUGAACUCUUUCGGCGCUCGCAUACUUUGUGGCCAUUACGGACAUGUCUAUAUUAUAGUUUUGGUCUCUACUUAUUACGGCUGCCUCCAUCCUUUAAGGAAUAAGUUCAUCUAAUCUUGCUUUCUGAGGUGUAUCUUCGAAAACUCAAAAGAAUGUCGUCAGAAGGAAACAGUAUCUAUCUCUUCCUCCGAUUUAUUCUAUUUCUUAUAUUUCCUUUUCAUUCCCAUACCCUCUUUCCCAUGCACGUCUACUCUCAUGCUUCUCACAAGUGAUAAAAUUAACUACAUAUCUCUAUGCUUGACUAUAUACAUAUAUCUACUCCAGGACGUCAUCUGCAUAUCGCUGAACAGAUCUACAUACACAUCCACUCCAGAAAAGGUUGAAGCAUGACCAUGUAUGCCAUCAGCAAAUUCAUCCAGACAGUUCAAAUCUUCUCCCUGCGCACCAACGCCAUUUUAGAAUACUUUCGCAAUGCCCUUCUACUGUCAUGCAUGAUUGUCCUCUUCGUAGAAGGGAUUGCGAGAAGGAAUACACGGCCAAGGAUGCCUGACAGGAUUCCCAUUCCUCGUACUGGGGCUCAGAUGUAUAGGGAAGUUUUGGGCACGCAUGCGAGAUACGAGAUUGAUAUUCUUCCUCCUAUCCCUGAGGAAGAGGGGGAGGAAUGAAUAGGUAGACUUUGGGGGAAGAACAGAUGGGCCCUCCUGGAGAUAAACAGCAUUUUCCGUCGCUACUCCAUGUUCCGAUGAUAACUCUACACCUCUAUGGAUGAAUGACCUCUCGCGAGGAAAUUCAGCUGAUAUACAAUCCGACAUAUGUGGCCAUGUAUGCACGAAAGAAGUUAACAACCGCGACACACCAUAUCUGCAAUGCGAGACAGAACGCUCACGCAACUCUUAUUACCUUUGAAUUUGGCUAUAUUUCACCCUCAGACAUAUACAGGUAGCAUGAUUGGCGGUACCUGGUAUCACUCCAUGAAACACAAUUUUUUUGAAAACACUCAUUCUACACGUCCACACCAGGAAUGAAGAAUCAUCAUUCGCUUUACCAAAUUCAACCAGACGCAGAGCCGGACCACCCCGAUAACGGUCCAUCGUUCAUUGCUAAGAUGUGCGCCCCUUUGCGAGCUUGCGCCACCAAAUAAUAACCCAAGGAGAAGAACAGCAAGUAACAUCAUGUUCCGAACACUCCAUACCCUAUCACCUCACCUUUAUCAUCAAUGUGCCUGAUGGGGGGAUGUGCCUGAUGGGGGGAGGGGGUGAUAGCCACGGACAUACAAAGUCAUCCCCCUUCAGCCAGAAGGUAUAGCACCAGGCCCGCCCCAGGAUGAAAUUUAAAAGUGAAAAAACACAUGGCAAAAACUCCGGCGCAGGAGACUAGGAAAGUUCCUGUGAGAGACAUGAUUUUCUUGGCCUAAAGGGAUAUAUACAUGCUUGGUUUGUUUUUAUUGUUAUUUUGUUUUAUUUUUUUUAUUUAUUCAUAGCUUAUUUUCAUGUGGUUUCCUUUUCUAAUUUUGGUGUAAUAUAUAUUUUUCAGUAAAAAUUGGGGUGGGCGUUUUGGGUUAAAUUAUGAUACCUAUUAAAUACUAAUAGUGAAUGUACU